UAGUCUUAUUAUAGCUAGUGAAGAGGAAUCAAUUCAUAAUAUGGCUGGAAGUGGAAGUUGGGAUGGAAGCCAAUCAGAUAAUAGCUCACAAUUCGAGCCAGGGAUUGAUAAUAUAUACGAAGCUUUUAUCUGUCCAUUGACAAAGCAAGUUAUGCAUAAUCCAGUAACUUUAGAGAAUGGUCAGACAUUUGAGUGUGAAGCUAUUGAGAAAUGGUUCCAAGAAUGUCGCGACAACGGUCGACCUCUAUCUUGUCCUAUAACUUCCAAGGAGCUGAGUAUCACUGAUCUAAGCCCGAGUAUUGCUUUACGUAACACUAUUGAAGAGUGGAGAGCUAGGAAUGAUGCUUUGAAGCUUGAUAUUGCUCGUCAGUCACUUUAUUUGGGAAAUGCUGAGACUAAUAUUUUGCUAGCUUUGAAGAAUGUCCGAGAGAUUUGCAGGAAUAUACGUAAAAUGAGGCAACGUGUGCGCAAUCCUCAGCUUGUUCGGUUAAUUACCGAUAUGUUAAAAAGUAGUAGUCAUGAAGUGCGGUAUAAGGCUCUACAAACUCUUCAAGUAGUCGUUGAAGGAGAUGAAGAGAGCAAGGCAAUAGUAGCUGAAGGAGACACUGUGCGUACUAUAGUUAAGUUUUUGUCCCAAGAGCCAUCAAAGGGGAGGGAGGCAGCUGUUUCUGUGUUGUUCGAGCUCUCCAAAUCUGAAGCAUUAUGCGAGAAGAUUGGAUCAAUCCGUGGAGCAAUCAUCUUAUUGGUUGGCCUGACAAGCAGCAAAUCAGAGAAUGUUUCAACUGUUGAGAAAGCUGAUAAAACUUUGACAAACUUGGAGAGAUCAGAGGAAAAUGUUCGACAGAUGGCUACCAAUGGUAGACUGCAGCCUCUUCUUGCUAAACUUCUUGAAGGUUCACCUGAAACAAAAGUCUCUAUGGCUUUCUAUCUUGGGGUUCUUGCCUUAAAUAACGAUGUGAAAGUUAUUGUGGCUCAGACCGUGGGUUCUUCUCUUAUCGAUCUUAUGAGAACUCGCGACAUGCGUCAACGGGAAGCUGCUUUGGGAGCUCUUAACAACAUCUCAUCGUUUGAAGGAAGUGCCAAAGUCUUAAUCAACACCGGAAUUCUCCCACCGCUUAUCAAAGACUUGUUCUAUGUUGGGCCAAACCAGCUUCCAAUUCGACUUAAAGAAGUCUCCGCCACCAUUCUUGCUAAUAUAGUGAACAUUGGCUAUGAAUUUGACAAAGUUCCUGUUGGACCUCAUCACCAAACUCUUGUUUCAGAGGAAAUAGUGGAGAACCUACUCCAACUAACAAGCAACACAGGUCCAGAAAUCCAGGGAAAGCUGUUGGCGGUUCUUGUUGGACUCACUAGCUGUCCAAACUCGGUUAUUAAUGUUGUUUCUGCGAUCAGAAACUCAGCUGCCAUCAUUAGCUUGGUUCAGUUUGUUGAGAUUCAUGAGAAUGAUGAUUUGCGUUUAGCUUCUAUCAAGCUUCUUCACAACAUUUCCCCACACAUGAGUGAAGAACUAGCCAAUGCGUUGCGUGGCACUGUUGGACAGCUCGGAAGCCUUGUUGCCAUUAUAUCAGAGAAUACAACAACAAUCACUGAGGAACAAGCUGCAGCUGCUGGACUUCUAGCUGAACUUCCUGAGAGAGAUUUGGGUCUGACAAUGAGAUUGUUAAGAGAAGGUGCUUUUGAGAAAAUCAUAUCCAAGAUUGUUGGUAUUCGCCAAGGAGAAAUUAGGGGAAUCCGGUUCGAGAGAACAUUUCUCGAAGGACUUGUUAGUAUUCUCGCUCGGAUCACCUUCGCACUCACCAAGGAGACUCACCUCGCCAUUUCGUUCUGCCGUGAGAACAAUAUUACUUCACAUUUCCUUGAUCUCCUUCAAUCCAACAGUCAAGAUAACAUCCAGAUGGCUUCUGCAAUAGCAUUGGAGAAUCUUUCACUUGAAUCCAAGAAUCUUACAAAGAUACCGGAACUGCCUCCUCCAAACUACUGUGUAUCAAUCUUUUCAUGUCUGAGCAAACCGCCUGUUGUUCUAGGGAUUUGCAAGAUCCAUCAAGGGAUAUGUUCAGUGAGAGAAAGCUUUUGUCUCGUUGAAGGACAAGCAGUAGAUAAGUUGGUUGAUCUCUUAGACCAUGAAAACGAGAAGGUGGUUGGACCAGCACUUGCAGCUCUUUCUACAUUGUUAGAAGAUGGUUUAGAUGUUGUACAAGGAGUGAGAUUGAUUGAUGAAGCAGACGGGAUUACGCCUAUAUUAAACGUUCUUUUGGAGAAUCGAACAGAGAAUUUAAGGAUUAGAGCUGUGUGGAUGGUUGAGAGGAUCUUACGUAUUGAAGAAAUAGCUAGAGAAGUGGGAGAAGAACAAAAAGUAACUGCAGCACUUGUGGACGCCUUUCAAAACGCAGAUUUUAGGACGCGACAGAUUGCUGAGAAGGCGUUGAGGCACAUCGAUAAAAUCCCAAACUUCUCUGGUAUAUUCACCAACAUUGGUUAGAUCUAUAUACAUUCUUGUAAAUGAUUUUAAGAUAAUUUGAUUCAUUUGUUCAACUCAGAGAAACUAGAGCUGUCUUUCAAAGUUGAUAAACACUGCUCAUUAAAGAACAAAAAUUUUC